UCAUCUUUGUGGCUGAAAUGAUCGAGAAGAUCGGCAAGUUUGUCGACAAGUUUAAAGAUCUGGGUGACGUGAUGGUUAACAUGGCCAGUAACUUGAUGCUGGCUGAUGAGCGGGUGCUCUGGAUGGCUCAGCGGGAAGCCAUGACCUGUUCCCGCAUCAUCACCUGCCUCCAGAAGAUCGCAGCCUACCGUCUGGCUACAGCCCAGGCCUUCUUUCUGGUUAGUAUCUGUAGCCCACUGCCGCUUCAUACUUUUAAGGUCAUUAAAUCAAUGCAAACAUCUGCAGACAGCAAGACAGAUGUGUUGCUAAAUCACCUGCUUCAGUGCAUUUCUGCCUUUCCAUUUGUCUGCUGGAUGGCCUGGGAGCCCAGUAUCUGGACUUUUCACGGCCCAGUGGGAUUCAUCGUCUUUGCGAUGUACUUCCUCAGCAUCCUGCUCCACCUCACGUCUCUCCCUUCCUAUAUUGUGUCCCUCCCCAUCCUGUGCUUGGAGGAUGUGCUUCUUCCACAGAUGAUCCACCUCGGGAUCAGCCGACAAGCUGAAUCAGGACUCGACAAAUGUGGCUACCCCCAGAGCAGACUCUUCUUCAAACUGCCCGGGCUGAGCUGUGACCCUGUGAAUACAAAACCCUAA